GCCGGAGCCGAGCGUUCUUUUUAAUCCCAGAUGCGUUUUCCAUGAAAUCUGGUUCAGGACCGAACGGAAUGCAAUCCAAGUACCGCAACGCCGGCGAUGGAUACCGGUCGGGGGCGUCGUUCGGCCGCCACCAGAGGCGCGGAGGCUUCAACCGCAGCUACCCGAAGCCCCACAACCGUCCCGCCACGAAACUGGAAAUCCUAAUGGAAGCCGGCCGCCUCGCCGCUGAAUACCUGGUCUCCAAGGGAGUGUUCCCCUCCAGUGCUUUCCCACGGGACCUCGUAAGCGACGACACCCCGCAUGAAUUCACUGGCCCCGCGCGAGAAAACCCCAUCCCUUCGUCUUUCAAUGACUCCCGAGUUCCGGCAAUGGAGAGGCUGGGGGACGCCGGUUCUGGCGCUGGCUAUGCAAGGAAAAGGUUCAACGAUGGUUACGAUCGAUUUGGGCCGAGGAAGAACUCUAGGGCGCGUCGAACAACGGGGUCCUACAACAGAGGUGAUGGUGGUCCGGACUGGGGUAGGGAACGGGCAGGAUACAAACCGUGGUUGGAACGGAGUAGAAGCUAUUCUGAUAUGGUGGAAGAGGAAGACGAUGAUUUUUUGGGCCCAAGAUACAACAAAGACCGCCAGAGCGGGCAUGAGGAGGUUGGGAGCAGCAGGGUUGCUGGAGAUGAACAGCAAUCGAAGAAUGAAGUGGUGGGCGAAACAGUAUCGGAGUCGGAGGACACUGGAUCAAAGGCCAGUUCGUAUAAUACCAGAAAGGAUGCCCCCGCCGAGGGGUGUGCUGAUGUGAACAGGGCAGACGAUGUGAUGACCUCAAAUCCCGAAGCUGGAGAAGUUAAGAGCUGCGAGAGUGAAGACGUGGGUAAUAAGGGUGUUGCGGAGAUUUAUUUGACCGUGAAUCCUGGUGAAGUUGAGGAAUGCGGCUCUGUCAUUGAUCACGGUGAUACUCUGUUGAAACUUGGUGGUUCUCCAAAGGUGCCAAGAAGACUGCGGUCAUCACUGGCACAUAAAAACACUAUUUUUCAUGCUUCUCCAAAGGUGGGAAACGGGGUUGAAUGUGCUUCUGAACGAGAAACUGAAAUGGUUUUAGACAAGCUCCCAAUUGAUGGUUCCCUGAAACAAACCCGAGCAUCAUUGACCUAUAAAAGUUUCCUUGAUUAUGAUCUCAGGAAUGAGGGUGUGAAUGUGGUCGAAGUUUCUGGUGGAGAAACUGAAACAAUUGCAAACAAAUUUCCAACCGAUAGCAUAGUGAAAGAUUCACAUAUACAUCACAAUGUCAAUCCUGAAUGUGAAAUGCCAGUCAAUUUGUCUGAUGAUGAUAUCCAGUCCUCCAAGCAAUCAAUAGAGUCUCAGUGUGAUCUUCAACAGAGUCUGCCUUGUUCAAAAAUGUCCCUUACUGUAGUAGGUGUAGGUGAGGAAGAUAAGGUUACUGAGCAGACUGGUAAAGAGGAACUUAACAAACAAGUUAGUUCACCUCCACCCAAUACAUCUCAGCAGAAUGAGUUUUCUCAGCUUGAUGGUGUUACAGAAACACAGUCUAGCCUGUUCAUUAAGAUGUCAUCACAGGACGUAGAAAUAACUAAGCCAGGUUAUCAACUGAAACCAAUCACUGCCCCUUCGGUUUCAAUUGUUGAUGCCGAAACCAUUUUGAAAAUAGAUGGAGUAAAGUGUAACCAACCAACUUCUUUUAAGAUCUUUGACCUCAACCUAAUGGAGGCUCCUGAUGAAACUGAUGUUCAUGAGGACCAUAUGUUGGGUGCUUCCCAUACUUCAGCUCUUCCACAGGCAUCUGGAAAACAGCUUUCAGUUGAUUUCAGCCUGUCAAGAAAUAACAGGGCCAAUGAUACAUACGACUCCAACCAACUUUCAGGUGACAGAAAAGCCAUUCAAGUAAUUGAUUUGGAAGAAGACUCCCCAAUGGAAGUUAAUGAUGUUCUGAAAUCUAAGAAUGAAAUAAUAUAUCCAGCGGAGAAUAUUCUAAACCACACAACACAUUCAGAUGAACUCCCUGUUGUUCAGGAUACUUAUGGUCUGGUCAUUUCUGAUUAUCUGGAAGCUGAUAUGAGAUGCAGCCAACAAGACCAAGCUGAACUUAAUAACCUUCAAGUUGGAAUGGGUCUUCAUGGUGCAGAGGAGUUUGCUGUGGUUGAUGAUUCAAUAUAUGGAUCACUUGGAGAUAUAGGAUUUAUUGAUGUGUGGGACCAGCCACCACAGGAUUAUGAGAAGUUCUUUUGACAUUUCAAUUGCAUCCUAAUUCUAUUAAAAGGUUGCCCAGUUCCAUUGGAAACAGUUAGGCAAUUAAAACUUCUCACUGUUGUAUUAUUAAUAGUUGCAAGAAUCAAUUUGGUCACAGCCGUAAAAGACAAUUGAUCAUAUAUGAUGCUGUCUAUUUGGUGAAAUCCUUGCCCUAUGCCAUUUCUUAUAAUUAUUAUUAUAAGAAAUAAGAGGCCGGAUUAUGAUCCUUGUGUGAAUCAAGGUAUUGACUAUUUAUGAUUUCCAGCAUUGGCCAUGCAUAUGAACACGGGCACUGCAGUGGGUUCAUCAAAUGGGGCAUUAUGAAAUGGAAAUUUGGGAUUCAAUAUGAAGUGCCUGAAAUAUACAAGCGAACAGAAUUAUUUUAUUCAUUUGUAACUUCAGAAGUUGAAACUGGUUUUACAAGGCUAAAGUGAGUUAUAUAAUUUUUUUGGUUAAUGCAUGUUUACCGAUUAUGAAAUAGAAAUGAUCUCAAUUUUCUUUUAGAAUUUA